AUGCCAGAAGCUUAUCCUGAUUUCUUAAGUGAGAAUCCUACUAUAACUCUUAUUUACUUACCUGUUUCAUAUCAUAAAACUCUUAGCAAUAAGACUAAAGCUAAAGUUGAAAUAUUGCAAAAUUCAGGGCUUCGUUACCUAUCGUCUCAAUUUCUAUGGGAAACAUUCUUACAUGUUAUCUUAGAUGAAAAUAAUGCUAUUAUGUGCCAAAUAUCUAGUGGAGUUCAUGCAUAUAAAUCUGAAAAUACUAUACAAUAUCGAGGUAGAGAUAUAAGAAUUUAUAAUAACAAAUAUAAGCUAUAUAAAGAUGAGACUAUUAAAAUUCUUUAUGAUCUAGAUAAAGGAUCAAAAGCUAUACAUAGAGGUCUUAAGUUACUUCAAGAAGAACCAAAUCAUGAUCUCAUUCAUGCUGAACUCUCUGCUUUGAAAUCUGAAGAUUUACUAACUGCUAUAAAAGAUCAUUCCAAAUAUUUUCCUGAGAUUCUAUGUAGUUUUAUUGCUAGUACUGGUACAACACUCAAGUUAAUUUUAGCAGAAGAUACCGAAAAAGUUAACAAAAAUAAAAUUUCUCAUACUAUUAAGAAUAUUGAGAAAAAAAUUAAAAGCUCAGAUGCAGAAUUAAUAGCUAAUGCUCCAGAUAUUAGUUCUAAUGAAGCUGAAAUUCUUAAGCAAAAUCCUAAAUAUUCUUUUGCUGAUAACAUAACUCUGCAAUGA